CCAUGGCUGCUGUUGACAGCUUCUACCUCUUGUAUAGGGAGAUUGCCAGGUCAUGCAAUUGCUACAUGGAAGCUCUGGCCUUGGUUGGGGCCUGGUACACAGCCAGGAAGAGCAUCACUGUCAUCUGUGACUUCUACAGCCUGGUCAGACUGCAUUUCAUCCCACGCCUGGUGAGCAGAGCAGAUCUGAUCAAGCAGUAUGGAAGAUGGGCCGUUGUGAGUGGUGCGACCGAUGGGAUCGGCAGAGCGUACGCAGAAGAGCUAGCAAGCCAUGGUCUCAAUAUCAUCCUGAUGAGCCGCAAUCAAGACAAGCUGCAGGUGGUCGCUAAAGACAUAGCUGACACCUACAAAGUGGAAACCGAAGUUAUAGUUGCGGACUUCAGCAAUGGCCGCGAGAUCUACGACCCGAUUCGAGAAGCCUUGAAGGACAAAGACAUUGGCAUCUUGGUGAAUAACGUAGGCGUGUUUUAUCCCUACCCCCAGUAUUUUACUCAGGUCUCCGAGGACAAACUCUGGGACAUCAUAAAUGUAAACAUUGCUGCGGCUAGUUUGAUGGUCCAUAUAGUGUUACCAGGGAUGCUGGAGAGAAAGAAAGGUGCCAUUGUCACUAUCUCAUCUGGCUCCUGCUGCAAACCCACUCCCCAGCUGGCUGCGUAUUCUGCUUCUAAGGCUUAUUUAGACCACUUCAGCAGAGCACUGCAGUAUGAAUAUGCUUCUAAAGGAAUCUUUGUACAGAGUCUCAUCCCAUUCUACGUGGCCACCAACGUGACCACACCCGGCAGCUUUCUGCACAAGUGUCCAUGGUUGGUGCCUUCACCGAAAGUUUAUGCACAUCAUGCUGUUUCUACCCUUGGCAUUUCGAAAAGGACCACAGGUUACUGGUCCCAUUCUAUCCAGUUCCUUUUUGCACAGUAUAUGCCUGAAUGGCUCUGGGUGUGGGGAGCAAAUGUUCUCAAUCGUUCUUUACGUAAGGAGGCCUUAUCCUGCAAAGCAUGAAACUGCAUGAUGGUUUGGGAAGUUUUGCCACCUCCUGAGAACCUGCAGUAUUCUGACGUUUGGAAGGACACAUUUAAUUUAUCUUCUGUAUUUUCUUUUAUUACUGGUUUUAUUACUGGUUGAUUUAGCAUACUGUUGACUUAUCAUUUGCAAAGCACACAUAAUACUUCUAGAAAAUGCUGUGGAGAAACCACAAGGGCCGCAUCACGUGGAUGGCACAGAGCACACAGUGACUGAGGCACAAGAACCUAUUGAGGGAACCUAAAUUGUUAUGCUUCUCUUUUAUUUUCUCGAAGCUGUCUCAAAGCCGUGUGAUUUAUGUUGUUCUAGGAGCUAUAGCAAUCUGCUAUUGAAAUAUAAUAUGACUUGUCAGCUCUCGUAGUUUCCAAUGUUUUUU